GCAGACACCCAAAUUGCUCCAGUGCUUUUCUCCGUACUCAAAACCAGAUCUUCUCAGGAUGAUUAAGCUCCUUCUGCUCUGCCUUUUGGCUACUGUGGUUACAAUGGAGAAUGACAAGCCAUCAGAUUCUUCAUUGACUACCCACACAACCACCACUGAGAAAACUGACCACAAAGCCACCAAGAGCCACCUAUCAGAUUCUUCACCGACUACCCACACAACCACCAAGAAGACAGCCACUGAGAAAACUGACCACAAAGCCACCAAGAGCCACCUAUCAGAUUCUUCACCGACUACCCACACAACCACCAAGAAGACAGCCACUGAGAAAACUGACCACAAAGCCACCAAGAGCCACCUAUCAGAUUCUUCACCGACUACCCACACAACGACCAAGAAGACAGCCACUGAGAAAACUGACCACAAAGCCACCAAGAGCCACCUAUCAGAUUCUUCACCGACUACCCACACAACCACCAAGAAGACAGCCACUGAGAAAACUGACCUCAAAACCACCAAGAGGACCAUCCCUCAGCAGGUCUCCUUAACUUGCAAUUGUAAUGGUGGGCUAAAGUGUCAACAUGAUCACUGUUUAAUUACAGCACCAAACGUUUUCUGUGUAACUACGGCAGAACAGAAUACCCUUGAAAAAGCAAAAGGUAAACCUCGUUCAGCUCUAAACCAAACCUGCCAGGAGAACUAUGAUUUUUGCAACACUGACAUCACUAUCACCCUAAAUGAAGACGUUUACUGGAGAAGCUCUACCAAAUGCUGCAACGACUCAAAUAACUGCAAUUCUGCCUCCGUCAAAGCCCCACAGCCGAGCACCACUACAGGCAACCGGGUGUGUCCCUCUUGCUUUGCUCUAAAUGCAACCGACUGCACACCCACCGACAUGAACUGUGUUGAAUCCGAGACCAAAUGCAUCAACGUUACGGGGACUGUCAAUAAUGGUACCAGCACGUCAAGAUUCGUCGGCAGGGGUUGUGCCUCUGAUUCGGUAAUGAAAAUUAAAAACGAUUCCACGCUGGUUUUUGGAACCAACACUUACCAUUUUACGAGCAUCACGGCAGACGCCAGCCAGACUCUGGGGAGUGUACCCUUUAUCUUCCUUCUGUCCAGUUUUCUUGGGCUUUUGCAAGCCAAAUUCUACUACUGACCUCCACUCGUGCAUGGAGCUCAAUAAAUCUUCUUUAUUCAAGUUAAAGGAACAUCAUGGACCCUAGUAUUGUUUGCGUGUUCAAAUGGCAAAUUAGUUAAAUAAAAGGGGAUUCUACCUGACAUUCAUGCGAAUGGAUGGUGUUACCUAGCUGAACAGUUAGAAUAUUUUAAAAGUAGCAAUGGGGAAUAACUCAGCUUGGCAGUGCGAGAGGCAGGCUAGGUGGGAUCUUUUCAACAGCUAUACUGAAUGGCUUGAAACGUUCCACAGAGAAGGCAAUGAGACCAGAUUGUAAUUUUAAAUAUUUUUAUAAGUUUUUGGCAAAAACAUUCAUACAGGGAGACAUAGAGAAGCUUAUACACAGUUCCUACGAUAUAAAAAGGGUGGGAAAAUAGGUUUGGAUGAAAGAAUAGGAAGGGAGCAGUGGGGAUUUAUACGUUACCUAGGUUCAGCUGAGAAGUUCUGGAAGAAGGCAAGGAUUCCUAUGCCAGCAUGGAAAUCCAAGCGAAGGACGAUAUCGUGUCUCACAACCAACUUGACCAAGAGAGGUUCAGGCCAGUAAAAUGAGCUGGAACGAGCCAGCGAGCUCACUAGGUGCUGGCUAGCUAGCCAGCUAGCGUGAACUAGAGGUAGCGCACUGAGCUUGGGGUGCACUGCAUUUUUAUACCCCUUUGCGCAGUUUGGGUGGGAGAAAGUAAGUUUCGUUUCCUGGAUCUCAUGGGUUUCCAUGCUGGGAUCGCUGGGUUGAGCUAAUUAGUAGCUCAUCUAUUGUCUUCUAAGUACCGGGUUGUUAGUGCCAAUUGUUUCGUGAUUCUAUCAGUGUUAGUCUUGAAUGACUUAUACAGAGAUACUCCUUGGAGUCUCUGCCCAGGUAUUCAAAUUUGGAUGAGGCUUGAGUGAAUUGGGAAGGGAAAAAUUGUUAAGGAAAAGGUUCUAAAAGGCAGAGGAAAUGCAGAAACCUGUAUCAGGGAGUUCUCUAGGUUCUUUGUGUUAGCGAACUUCUUUGGCAGGGUGUGGUAAUCAAGAUGCAUGUCCAUGGGGCUUCCAGUCUCAGCUGACUGCAUCAACCCUUUUAAUGAUCUCAUUUUGCUAACAGACCUUUUUGCACAUUUUGGCCUGUAUUAAUAUCUGGACAUUCUGCUACACACACACACACAAAUAUAUGGCUGUUGGCAUUUGCCAGUACAUAUUGCAGGAAAAUCAUGUGAAAUCCAUAUUCCAGUCAUGCUGGGUAUGAAGGGUAGGGCAACAGUGUACAUGUGUUUGCAUGCACUUUGGCAAUGGGAGGGGAAUAAAGGCUGGCAUUAUUGUGACUUUCUGCACUAAUAAAUCUGCCUAUGGGUGUCA